AUGGCUACUCAGACAGUAGCUCCGUAUAAGAAACCUGCUCCCAUGAAAAAGGACAUAAGUAAGAGAGACAUGUCCAAGUUUUGCCGUUUUCAUGAAGAUUAUGGCCAUGACACGAAUGAAUGCAACAAUUUGAAGCAGCAAAUGGAAUUUCUAAUUAGAAAGAAUAACUCACAGAUGCAAAAAUAUGUCAAGUCUGAUCAAAAUCGGAGGGCCACCCAGACAGACAAUAAUCAAGAUUUACUGCCACCACAAGUAGAAGGGAAUUUACAAAUCAUUAUUGGAGGCCCGCACAUAGCUGGAGAUUCAGGCAAAGCCUGGGAAAGGUUGUUACGUCGAUAUUUCAUUCGUGCCUCAAGUUUCCAACAAAGAAUGGGGUUGGGUGCCUAA